GUUGGUCACCUGACCGCCCGGGAGCGCCAUGGCUGCGCCCGUGGUGGUGGUGCCGUUAAUGCUGUUGGGGUCGGUCCUGGGCUGUGGGUACAGGUCCUGCCCCACAACCAGCCCCGACCUCCUCAACGUUCACCUCGUGCCCCACACCCAUGAUGAUGUGGGGUGGCUGAAGACUGUGGAGCAGUACUUCUAUGGGGUACAUAACGAUGUGCAGCACGCUGGGGUCCAGUACAUCCUGGACUCGGUACUGGUUGAACUGGUGGCUCAGCCCUCCCGACGCUUCAUCUAUGCGGAGGUGGCUUUUCUGCAGCGCUGGUGGCGGAUGCAGGAUGAGGCCACAAGGAGCAUCCUAAGGCAGCUGGUGCAGGAGGGUCGCCUGGAGCUGGUCGGGGGGGGCUGGACCAUGGCGGACGAGGCCGUCACCCAUUACAGUUCUGUACUGGAGCAACUGGGACUGGGCCUGGGGUUCCUGUACCGGGAACUGGGAGGCUGUGGGACCCCACGUGUGGCCUGGCAGAUAGACCCGUUCGGGCACUCGCGGCACAGCGCGGCUGCCUUCGCGCAGCUGGGUUACGAUGGGCUGUUCCUGGGCCGCAUUGACCACCAGGACAAGGCCCAACGGGAGCAGAGCAGGAACAUGGAGAUGAUCUGGAGGGGGAGUGGGAACCUGCAGAGCUCUGGCUCUGACCUCUUCACUGGCAUCCUGCCCAACAUGUACAACCCCCCAACUGGUUUCUGCUGGGACCAGUUGUGCUCUGACCCCCCCAUAGUGGAUGGGGACAGUGAGGAGAACAAUGUGGGCUCCAUAGUGUCCUCAUUCCUGGACACUGCCAACAAGCAGGCCAAGCACUAUCGCACCAACCACAUCAUCAUGACCAUGGGAUCUGAUUUCCACUAUGAGAAUGCAAAUCUGUGGUUCAAGAACAUGGACAAACUCAUUGCACAUGUCAAUGCUCAGCAAUCCAAUGGCAGCCGUGUCCAUGUCCUCUAUUCCACCCCAUCCUGCUACCUAUGGGAGCUGCACCAGUCCAACCUCUCCUGGCCCCUGAAGCUGGAUGACUUCUUCCCAUACUCGGAUGGGCCCCACCAGUUCUGGACUGGUUUCUACACCAGUCGCCCAGCACUGAAGCUCUAUGAGAGGCUGAGCAACAACUUCCUGCAGAUCUGCAGCCAACUGGAGGCACUGGCAGGACCAGCAGCACAUGAUGGACCCUAUGGGCAUGGGGACAGCUCAAUGCUCCGUGAAGCUGUGGCUGUUGCUCAGCACCACGAUGCUGUCACCGGCACCGAGAAGCAGCAUGUGGCCAAUGACUAUGCCAAGCAGUUGGCAAUGGGGUGGGAGAGGUGUCAGCUGCUGGUGUCCAAUGCCCUGUCCAGCCUCAUGGGCACCAAAGAGACCUUCACCUUCUGCAACAGCCUCAACAUCAGCGUGUGCCCAUUGACUGAGGCCUCCAGUCAGUUCAUUGUCAUCCUAUACAACCCAUUGGGGCGCCGGGUGUCCUACCCCAUCCGUCUGCCUGUCAAUGGGGUGUCCUACAGCGUCACAGACCCCCAUGGGCAGCCUGUACCCAGUGAGGUUGUCCCAGUGUCCAUCACCACCCAUGGGCUGUAUGGGAACAGUGUUGGGGCCCUACAGGAGCUGUUGUUUGAAGCCUCAGCACCCCCUGUGGGGUUCAGCACCUUCACAGUGACACAGUCACCCCAUAGGGACCCCAAUGUCCACCCCAUCCAGCCCCCGGCGCAGCCACAGCCAUGGGACAUCCGCAACGAGCAUCUCCGGGUGUUGUUUGACCCCCUCACUGGGCACAUGAAGGAGAUCCAGAACCUGGCCAAGAACAUCUCAUUGCCUGUAUCCCAGAGCUUCUACUGGUACAAUGCCAGCAUUGGGAACGAUGAGAGCCCCCAAGCUUCCGGAGCCUACAUCUUCCGUCCCAAUAGCUCCGAUCCCAUUCCCAUCUCUGGCUCCCAGCGGAUCCAUACAUCCCUUGUGAAGAACUCACUGGUGCAGGAGCUGCAUCAAACCUUCUCCUCGUGGUGCUCCCAAGUGGUGAGGCUCUAUAUGGGGCAGCCCUAUGUGGAGCUGGAGUGGACUGUGGGGCCCAUCCCUGUGGGGGAUGGAUGGGGCAAGGAGAUCAUCAGCCGCUUCCAGACCCCAUUGCAGACUCGAGGCAGGUUCUACACUGACUCCAAUGGGCGCCAGAUGAUGGAGCGAAGGCGUGACCAUCGCCCCACAUGGAACCUGAGCCAGACGGAGCCUGUGGCAGGGAACUACUACCCCGUUACCAGCCGCAUCUUCAUUAGGGACGAGAAGAUCCAACUGACAGUGCUCACGGAUCGAUCCCAAGGAGGCAGCAGCAUCUUCGAUGGAUCCAUGGAGCUCAUGGUCCAUCGGCGCCUGUUGUACGAUGACAACCGUGGGGUGGGGGAGCCGCUGCUGGAGCAGGAUGGGGACCACCGGGGUCUGGUUGUUCGGGGUCACCAUGUCCUACUGUUGGAUACGGUGUCGGAUGCGGCUGACGGGCACCGGCUCCGGGCACAGGAGCUGUUCAUGGCACCGUACCCGGUGCUGGCACCAGGGGGGGGGGCUCCAUACCGGCCUCAGCAGGGAGGCCUGAGGGAGUUCUCAGCCCUGCGCCGGGAGCUGCCUCCCAACAUCCACCUCCUGACAUUGGCCCCCCGGGAUAAUGGGACCCUCCUGCUGCGCCUGGAGCACCAGUUUGAGACUGGGGAGAGCAGGAACAACUCCCAGCCUGUCACCAUUGACCUACUGGACCUGUUCUCAGCCUUCACCAUCACCUCAGUGCAGGAGAUGAACUUAGGGGGGUUUCAGCCCCUUGAUGCCAUCUCCCGUCUGGUCUGGACCCCAACCACAGGUCCAUCCCAGUCCAAACCAGUGACCAAACUGGACCCUCGGCGGGUGACACUGCAGCCUAUGGACAUCAGGACGUUCCUGGUGCAUUAUGAGGGGCCUGGAGCAGCUCAUGGGGGGCUCUGAGCAUCCUUGGGGGGGUUUGGGGG